GGGCUUGCUGACAGAUACCGGAGGCAAUCCAGUGGCGUUGCCUUACUUUUCUGCUCUCCUUGUCCCGUGCCGAGUCUGUCUGUUGUCGCCAUGCCCGUGGAAUUCGAGCUGUGCCCCGGCCGCAUGGUGGGCGGCGAUCACCCCUGCUUCAUCAUCGCCGAGAUCGGGCAAAAUCACCAGGGGGACCUGGAGAUCGCCAAGAAAAUGAUUCGCAUGGCAAAGGAUUGUGGUGCAGAUUGUGCAAAGUUCCAAAAGAGUGAGUUGGAGCACAAGUUUAACAAAAAGGCCCUGGACCGACCAUACACCUCUCCACAUUCAUGGGGGAAAACCUAUGGAGAGCACAAGCGCCAUCUGGAGUUCAGUCAUGAUCAAUACAGAGAGCUGCAAAAGUAUGCAAAGGAAGUAGGAAUUUAUUUCACAGCUUCUGGCAUGGAUGAGAUGGCUGUAGAGUUCCUACAUGAGCUUGGGGUUCCUUUCUUCAAAGUGGGAUCUGGAGACACAAAUAACCUCCCUUAUAUAAAAAAGACAGCCCAGAAAGGUCUGCCAAUGGUCAUCUCCAGUGGCAUGCAAUCCAUGGAAACCAUGCGACGCGUUUAUGAUAUUGUAAAACCAAUAAACCCUAACUUCUGCAUUCUUCAGUGUACCAGUGCAUACCCGCUUCUUCCAGAAGAUGUCAAUCUCCGUGUCAUACAGGAAUACCAAAAGGUUUUCCCUGAUAUCCCAAUUGGUUACUCUGGUCAUGAAACAGGUAUUGCUAUUACAGUUGCUGCUGUAGCCAUGGGUGCUAAAGUAGUCGAACGCCAUGUGACUUUAGACAAAACCUGGAAGGGAAGCGAUCACCAAGCCUCGCUAGAGCCAAGUGAACUAACUGAACUGGUCCGUUCCAUUCGGCACGUAGAAAAAGCAAUGGGCAGCUCUGUGAAACGUCUCUUACCGUGUGAAAUUGCCUGUCACAACAAGCUUGGUAAAUCUGUGGUGGCAAAAACUAAGAUCCCAGCCGGCGGUGUGAUAACUCUCAACAUGUUAACGGUGAAGGUGGCGGAGCCACGAGGUUUCCCUCCGGAGGAAAUUUUUAACCUGGAAGGCAAAACGGUUAAACGGGAGAUCGCCGAGGACGAAUCUGUUACAGAAGAAGCUAUAGAAAACUACAACACCAGAACUAAAUGUUAAAUGGAUCCAGGGCAUGACUGUAAUCUAGGGGUUUUCACCUCUCACCUUUUUUUACCUUACCAAUACAUGUUGUGUAGAAAUUGAUAUUUGCACAGGUUGUGGGAUCCUAUUUUAUUAGCAUAUUCAGUGGCAUGUCAUUGUGUUGCUGUACAAGGUCUGGAAAUGCUAAACAAGAAAAAAAAAAGUAUACUGUUUUUUUGUAAAGCUUUGAAAACCAUGCAUGACAAUGUUUUGUUAGAUUUCAGUUUUACAAAGUUAACAUAAAUCACAAAAUGUUUUUGUAGUACGGUUUUUGCACAUGCAGGAACGCUCAGAAUCCUGGUGGCUGCUCUUCUGCGUCUGUGCUUCCUAGAAAUGAUUAUGCACCUUGUGAAUUUAAAAUGAUCUUGCUUUUUUUAGCACAUUUUUAUCCCAUGUUUUCCAAGAGUUUCUUUCCUUAUUGCUAUGCUUUAGACAAGACCUUUCACCGUAUUCUAUGAAAUAUUUAUUGUGCAUAGUUAUCAUCAUUUCUUAACAUCCCACUUGUAUUUGGGCAAACGUUCUGUGGAUUUCAUUGGUCCACGGUACCUCUUGUGAGCCUAGACUUUGAGGAAAUUAUUGAGAGUUUUAUAAAGUAAACAUGCAGCUUGAACAAUUCAAGUCAAAAAAUUUAACGCGCAUGCUGAAGAGCCAGCAAAUUUCUGUAGAUGCAAGUGAUGUGUUGCGCCUACCUGCAUGAGGCAUGGUGAGCUCCUAACACAAUGUCUCCAAAUUCACAGCUUAGUGAAUAUGCUCCUAAAGUGCUGAUAGCCUCUUCUCACUCAUAUCUGUACUUGACCUGCUUGGUUUUCAAGUCUUAGUCCAAUUGACUAUAUAGUGUCCGUUUAGGUUCCGAGACUAGUUUGCCCAUGCAUGUGUACACAAUGUAAUCCCAAGCAGCCUGAAUAUCUUCCUUCUGAUGUAAAUCAAGUUACUGUCAUGAAUGUUUUUUCCUGAAUGGCAUAUCUUUUUGCACUCUUAAUACUCUGUUUGAUUGGGGCACUUAAUUGGGGAGAAAAACAUUUAGUGCUUUUUCAUUUUCUGGCAUACUUGUUUAGCACCAAAAUAUUGUGUACAAAAAUAUUUUGUAUUACACUUUAAAAAAAACAAAAACCAAAA